AUGGAGCCAUGGAAAGACCUGACUGGGAAAGUAGUGAUGGUGACAGGGGCUUCCUCGGGAAUCGGGGUAGAGUUCUGUCUCGACUUGACGAAAGCCGGUUGCAGGAUCAUUGCUGCAGCCCGUCGUGUUGACAGGCUGACAAAUCUCUGCAACCAGAUUAAUUCAGAGGGCCCGGCCCGGCGUGCAUUCGCCCUCGAGCUUGAUGUCAUGGCUAAUGGUGCCACUAUUGAGGCCGCGGUCAAAAUUGCUUGGGACGCCUUUGGACGUAUCGAUGUCUUGGUUAACAAUGCCGGUGUUAGAGGUAGUGUGAGCUCUUCACUGAAAUUGUCAGAGGAGGAGUGGGAACAUACCUUUAGGACAAAUCUAAGAGGGGCAUGGUUAGUGUCAAAAUAUGUUUGUAGACAUAUGCGCGAUGCUAAACAAGGUGGAGGAUCUGUUAUUAAUAUAACUUCAAUAGCUGCUCUAAAUCGAGUAAUAACACCAGGGACUCUUGCUUACGCUUCUUCAAAGAUGGCUCUUGACAUGGUCACUAAGAUAAUGGCUCUUGAAUUAGGAGUAGACAAGAUCAGAGUGAACUCAAUAUCACCAGGAAUAUUCAAAUCUGAGAUAACAGAGAGCCUUUUUCAACAAAAAUGGUUACAUAAAUUUCUUUAUAAAACCCUUCCUCAGAGAUAUAUUGGAACGACAGAUCCAGCUUUAACAUCAGUAAUUCGAUAUUUGAUUCAUGAUUCUUCUGAAUAUGUAACGGGCAAUAUCUUCAUUGUCGAUGGUGGAGGUACCUUACCAGGUGUUCCCAUUUUCUCAUCAUUGUAAAAGAUGAAGUAAUAAUUUUGUACUUUACAA